AUGCCCAGACGAUCGCCCUUAGACGAGUCGCUCGCUUCUACUCAAAGCCCAAAUAGCCAACAACCAGUCAAGUGUCUUCAGAAACCAAACCAAAACAGCCAUUAUGACUCAAGUCACCGUUCACCUUCAAGCUACAGUUAUCCCUCCCGUGUGAUACGACCUCCACCGACGAUGUCCAUAGCCUCUCUGCACAAGAGAAAUUCCAAGUCUUUUACCUCAACUCUGAAAAGCAUCAACCAAAGAAUAUCAUCUGUCUUCCGCAAUCGACUGGGUUCGAGCUCUUCGCGAGAUUCAUCCGAUUCCUCCGGUUCAUCCGAUAGCUGCUACAGAAAGUAA